AUGUCAAGCGAAUAUUGGAUCAUAUCUGUGCCAGGCAAGUCAUCAGCACGACAAAACUAUGAUGAAGUUUGCCGUGUAACUGGCCGCGAUCAGUUAUCACAGAAUUUUAUGUUCAACAUUCCUGAUUUAAAGGUUGGUACAUUGGAUUCACUUGUGGCACUUUCCGAUGAUCUGACUCGCAUUGACGGUUACAUCGAAGGAGUGACUAAGAAGUUAACCCAAUUCUUCUUUCAUGAUGUACUCGAAGAUGAUCGCAAUCGGCUUGCUGAAAAUCUUGUCGUGGGACAAAACGGUGUUAAUCCAAUACAUUAUGUCACUGAUUUUCAAUGGGACCAUGCGAAAUAUCCAAUCAAAUUACCAUUGAGAAGUCUUUCGGAAAUCAUCUCCAAAGCAGCGACACAUAUUGAAAGCGAACUGAAACUUCGUAGUCAAUCGUACAACAACGUCAAACAGACACUGGAUUCGUUGGAAAAGAAGCAAAGUGGAAGCUUAUUGACACGAAGUUUAAAUGAUGUUUUGAAGAAAGAACAUUUCAUCUUGGGCAGUGAAUACUUAAAAACUUUAUUAGUUUGCGUACCAAAGCCUUUAAUGAAUGAUUGGUAUGCAAAAUAUGAAUCCUUAUGUACAAUGAUUGUACCACGUACAACAGAAUUGAUAACACAAGAUCAAGAUUAUGCAUUAUUUUCUGUUACACUCUUCCAAAAAACUGAAGAUACCUUCCGACACAAAUGCCGAGAGAAUAAAUUUACCGUACGAGAUUUCACGUACGAUGAAAAAGCAGUGGCGAAUGAACGAGAAAAGAUUCACGAACUCGAAACUGAACGACAAAAACUCUAUGCAAACCUUGUUCGUUGGCUGAAGAUCAAUUUUGGAGAAAUUUUCUCUGCUUGGAUUCAUAUUAAAGCAUUACGAGUCUUCGUCGAAUCGGUCCUUCGAUAUGGUUUGCCAGUUAAUUUCACUGCCAUGGUUAUUCAUCCAUUGAAGAAAUCACCAAAACGCUUACGUGAUGAACUUGACAAACUUUUCGGCUACCUCGAUCAAUCAGGUCAAUCAAGGCAAGAUGAACAAAUUGACAUUCCCGGUGUAUUUUCUUCUCAACAAGAGUAUUAUCCAUACGUUUAUUUUAAACUCGAUCUUGAUUAUAUCGAAAUGAGCACAAAAUAG